AAGACAUUAAACCAUCACCUUCUUUUAAGCAGCAGCAACUCCCUGUCCUCAGCAAGUCAGUGAUACUAUGUACCCUUUCGAGCUGAUGAGAAAAUACUGUAGUAAUUUGGAUCCCAUCUGGAGGUGUGACUUGUUUCCUCGGACCUAAGUGGACCUGUCUCACGCAUGUAUAUCCAACAACCAGAGAACGCCCCACACAGAUGGCAUCUCCUCCUCUGGGCCUUUUAAGUCAGCAUAGAGUGUGGAAGAAGAGAGACCAACCUCCAAAUGGAAUAUCACGGGGCUGAAAAACCCCUGUCCUCUGGUUGUCAGGGCUCCAAACGGAGCCGUCAGAGCUCACUUGCCGGCUUUGCAUGUUAUAUAAUCGCGCUCCUCUAUUCACCUCAUGUUCCUUCUUCCCCAGACUGCCUGCCCAGGCUAAUGGGAAGCUUCAAGGGCACGCUUGUAUUUCUGUAGUUAUGACGGUGAAUUAAUGAAUUACAGAUUUAGUGCCAUUCAAGUCGCCGACUCGCCAAGGCCGUUAGAAUGUGAAUACUUAUUUAAAUCCUAUUAAAUUUGUUACAAAUAAAAUUUAAUACCAAACUGUGAUGGGACUGGGGUGCCUGCUGAGGCCACAUUUCCCCUCCCCUCCCUGCCCCCCACGGUAGGUCACAGAACACAUGUUUAUUUCUGGUGUCGGCGACGCCUCAUUUUGUGCCGUCAGUGCCGGACGAAACUGGGUUGCAGUUUUAGCACGUCGCGCUCUCUCUGUGCAAGGCAUGCCUGUAAGUUAAGCCAGAAGCUCGUGGAAGCAAAGGCUCUUCAGCCCUGAGGGCCUCAAGCUCCCCUGGUGCCGCACCCACGCUGGACAACCCGGCGCUGGGCCCACUGGGUUAGCAGGUGCUGGCGGUGGGCCUCCUGGGCGCCAGGCACCGUGCAAGGGCCCGGGGUACAGCGGGGACCGAGCCUGCAGUCUGCGCGUGGAGGCGCGAGACCGUUAACUAGUUGUGGGCAGGCCGUGAAGGCUUAGAGUGCGUGACGUCGCCCAGCCCGGGGGCCAGGGCUUCCGGGAGGAAGUGAACUUGGGCCGAGAAGUAAAGGACACGCAGACGUCAGCUCACGGGAACGGUGGGGCCGAGGGAGGACCCGAGAGGAGCACUCCGGGCAGAGGAGCCCAAGACAAGGCCCCGGGGUGCGGAGGCGAGGCCCAGCCAAGGCCCUGGAGGCUCACCGAGCAGCUGAGCACAGAGGGCACAGGGCCAGGCCCGGGCCCAUGUGGACCAGCCUCACUCAGAGCCGUGGGGGCCCCCGAAGAUCCUGUGAAAAUCACUCUGCUACGACGUGGGGACGGAAUCGAGGUGGCGAGAGAGGACAGAGGGAGGAUUCCACAGCGAUUCAGGUGAGGGUGGUGUGGCUUAGGUGUAGAGACGGAGAAAAGCAAGUGGACUUGAGAACUGUUUUCCAAGUGGGGUCACCAAGACGCAGCGGUGGACCCUCCAGGCUGCUGGGCAGCGAGGGGGCAACUGUACACCCGGCUCGUUCUUCAUCCUUCCAGACACACUGAGUUCUGGAUCAAAUGUAAAUUGUUCUUUCUCGUCAAUGGCAAACCCCUAAAACACAGGCUCUGCCUGCUGCAUCAGCCACCAGGAGCGCAGAUUUGGGUCCAUCCUUUUAAAGAGGAGAACAAGGCAUCUCCUCUGGCGUUGCCACUUGCGAAGCCCAUCGUAGCGCCUAGGAGUUGAUGUUCCCGGUGAGACAAUGGAAUUGAUGCCAGAGUGACCGACUCAGGUCUGCUGAACAGAAGUAAACGUGGGCGUCUCUACCGGAAGCUCCAGAAGCGGUCCUGCAUUUGCCUCCGUUUGAUGUCGAGGCUGUCCAGCUUUCGGACAGCCCUUCACAGCUCACGCCCCAGACUUGCCUUGUUCCGGGCUGGCUCCUUUGUUAGGUCAGCGUCCUCCUCCCAAGGCCACGUGCUGACCACACAGGGUCGGGAUCUCAGGCACCGUGGGGCUCCAGUUAGAAUUAGUGUCUGGCCCGGCAGCCCCAUACAAGGAACUUGUGGCUACAGCAGGGAGACAAUUCGGGGGCGGAAACCUUCCUCGCUCCUGUGGAAAGGCUGCUCUCAGCUCCCCUGAGGAAGGCUCUGGUGGAUGGAAACUCAGCUGGCAUGGCCUGCAGCCAGCUUUAGGUAGAGCUCAAGGCCUGGGGAAAUCUGAUCUUCCUUGCAUAGAAAUGAUCCUGUAUUUACUCAACCAGUUCCCUCUUGCUGGAUUUUGAGUUGUCUCUGGUCUUUUCUGACUGUGAACUGCACUGUAAUGACCGUCCUCCUAUAGCUACACCUUCUCACAUGGAGGCCAUCAUUUCCCUCUGGGGGACUCCUAGAAGUGGAACCGCUAAGUCAGACGGAAGCUAAAUUCUAAGGCGCCAGAUACACUGCCAGAUCGCCUCCUGUAAUAGGUGCAGUGAACACUCCCACCCAAAACUGCGCUGUUUCUUCUUAGUCACAGCUGUCUCUUGCCAGCUUCCCCCCUGACAGGCGUGUCCCUUCCAGGACGUGUCCGUGUGCACCCUUCGCCCAGGCUUUGUCCGGCACGUUCUCUGUCCUCUGCACUCCCUCACUUUCCUUUCCUCCUUCAGCCUCCUCGUGUGAAUGAAAACGCGUGUCCUGGGUUCCAGCUACGCGCCGUUCUUAGCUCCAGAGCUGGGGUGUAAAUAUCUGUAAGCUGCGGGGCUUACAGGUAACAGACAGUGCUUGGUGUUGCCCGGCGUGUUGCCACCUCCAGAGCGGACCCUCGUGCCACCCUGCCACACACCCGCUCACCGGAAGCCCUCUGAGGGGUGGUAUUUCCUUUGGGGGCGCUCGUUGGCCCAGCAGAUUAGGAAAAAGGCACCCGAGGCUCUGUGUUCACAGGAAUAAUUUAUAGGCAGAUAAUCCACAUUUCAUCCUCAGCCUGUUUCAGUGCCGCGCAAGGCGUCUUGAAUUACUGGGCUAGCUUUUACAGAAUGGCCGACUGACUUCGCCACAUUUCUCGAGUUACAGCGAAGGCCCUGAGCAAGUGGCUGAUGAUGGAGGAUGGAAGCCGGCGGCGGGGGGCGGAGGGUGGCAGAUGGCAGGGUCUGGGUCCGGCCUCCAGACACCCGCAGCCACCACGUGGCCCGGUGAGAAUGGUUCUCAGGAAAUUCCCAAGGAAAGAAGGACUUGGGGGGCUCUCAACUCUGUGAGGUCCCGGGACUUCCCUCCGAAACACCACGCUUGUCGUCCUCCUGGCCUGCCAGCUCUAGGUUCCACUUCCCCGCGCCCGGUUCUCCUGAGCGGAGGCAGCAGUGCUUCACCUCCUCAGGGAAGUCUGUCAAGGGAGAUUUUGCUCUCAGUCUGUUGAAGUCGGGUAGCCCACGGAGAGCCUAGGAUUUGGAAUCAGGGAGCCCUCUGCAUCCGGAGCGGGGCCUCACACUGCCCUCCAGCCCGCAGAGCCAAGGAGGGCAGGCGGCAGGCGGCGUCCUCUUCCAGCCCGCCACCCCGAGACCCUCGUUGUCGGGGACAGCCACCAGGCCCUGUGUCCCCUGCAGGUCAUCUGGAUGCCAGCAUGGCGACCGCAAACCUGGAGAACCAGCUGCACAGCGCGCAGAAGAACCUCUUGUUCCUUCAGCGGGAGCAUGCCAGCACGCUCAAGGGGCUGCACGCUGAGAUCAGGCGGCUGCAGCAACACUGCACAGAUUUAACGUAUGAGCUGACACUUAAAAGUUCGGAUCAGACAGGAGACAGCUCUUCUAGAAGCAGCGAACUCAAGAAAAGAUGUGAAGACCUGGAGGCGCAGCUGAAGCUGAAGGAGGACGAGAACAACGAGCUGCUGACCGAGCUGGAGCAGAAGAGCGCGAUGGUCGUCGUGCUGGAGAACAGCAUCAAGGAGCGCGAGAGGCGGUACCUGGAGGAGCUGAAGGUGAAGAGCCACAAGCUGGGCGCGCUGAGCAGCGAGCUGGAGCAGCGCGCCGGCACCAUCGCCUACCUGACGUCGCAGCUGCACGCCACCAAGAGGAAGCUCCUGAGCUCCGGCGGCACCUCGGACGGCAGCCCGGCCGGCAGCCCCGCGCUGGCCAGCUACAAGCCGGCCCCGCCCAAGGACAGGCUGCCCGAGACGCCCCGGCGCCGCAUGAAGAAGAGCCUCUCGGCCCCGCUGCACCCGGAGUUCGAGGAGGUCUACAGAUUCGGGGCCGAAAGCCGGAAACUGCUUCUACGAGAGCCGGUGGACGCCAUGCCCGACCCCACCCCGUUCCUGCUGGCCAGGGAGUCGGCCGAGGUCCACCUCGUCAAGGAGCGGCCCCUGGUCAUCCCCCCCAUAGCCUCGGACCGCAGCGCCGGCGAGCAGCCCAGCCCCGCCCGCGAGAAGCCGCACAGGGCGCACGUGGGCGUGGCGCACCGCAUCCACCACGCGACCCCGGCGCAGGCCCCGCCCGAGGUGGAGACGCUGGCGGUGGACCAGGUGAACGGAGGCGGCAAGGUGGCGAGGAAGCACUCAGGGACGGACAGAACUGUGUGAAGGCCCCCCGCGACCCUUCCCCGCGCUCUCGAGGCACUGUGAUCACUCCUAGGAAAAACUCAGCCGCACCUCCUCUGUUUCUUUUCUUUUUCAAUUCCCAUGCAUGCCGAAUUGUUUUCACGCCUGUCAACAGAUUAUUCUCCUGCUCCCCCUGCCCUCUGACCGACACCGAAACACGAUCGUGUCCCUGCUACGGAAUCCGUACUUACUAAUCGCUGCGGCCAAACACCUGUGUGCCGACUCGCUUGCUUCCAGCCCGGCUCCGCGGAAUCUCAGCGCGCUCGCGGACAAAGCACGGGCCGCAGGCUGCGCCGCUGCUCGACGUUAACGACAUCAGAUAGUCACACGCCUAAUUAUAAAGUCGGAGCAACACAUAGCGACCUUGACCUCAUCCCUCCCGUUUCCAGGGCGGCCUGUCCGGAGCAGCCCUGCUCCCUCCAGGAGACCCCCGUAACCUCCCGACACACCCUCCCCCGGGGGGCGGCACGGAUAACCGAGCAGAUGUAUGUUAAGUCACGGGAACUAAAUAAGAUGACGUCACUCCUCAUAUCACCACGACCUGAAUGUGUUGUUUUUUGUUAGUUUUAUCCAAAAUGUUCAAGAUCCCAACAAACUUUAUUUUCUAAACCUG